GUGGUACCUGGAUACGCUGUGGCACGGCAUGUACAGCUCCUCAGGGGGACUCCGGAGGCAGCCCUGGGUGGCGUACAGCACCAAGGAAGAGAACGCUGCAAGAUCUGUUGGGCGGUACCCGAUACCCAAUAAGAAGGACAUGCCGUAUGACAUUGUGGAGCUCAUGGAGGAAGUAGAAAUGAAGACUGGAUUUCUGCCCAAUGUGUUCAAAGCCAUGUCUCACCGACCUGCUGAAUUCAGAGUUUUUUUUGCUUAUUACAACACCAUUAUGAACAAAGACACAGGGCGACUCAGCAAGGCAGACAAAGAGCUCAUAAUUGUGGCUACAAGUGUUGUGAAUAGAUGUCCCUACUGUGUGGUUGCACAUGGAGCACUUCAUCGGAUAUAUUCCAAGCAGCCAGCGCUGGCUGACCAGGUCAUUGUGAACUGGAAACUGGCUGACCUGAGUGACCGGGACCUGGCAAUGCUGGAGUUUGCUCUUGCAGUUUGUCGAGCUGAUAACAUCACUGAAGAGCAUUUCCAGAAGCUGGAGAAGCAUGGUUUUGACCGUGAAGAUGCCUGGGACAUAGGCAUGAUUUCUGCUUUUUUUGCUAUGUCUAAUCGCAUAGCCCAUUAUAUUGACCUGCGCCCAAACAAGGAAUUCUAUACCAUGGGCAGGAUGCCCCAUGGAGAGAAGGAGGAAGCUGAGCAUGCCUGA